AUGCCUGGUGCUGACCGGAAACCCAAGACCUUAUAUGACAAGGUCUUGGAUGCUCAUAUCGUGAAUGAGCAAGAGGAUGGCACGAUCCUGCUUUAUAUCGAUAGACAUCUGGUCCACGAAGUGACUUCUCCACAAGCCUUUGAGGGCCUGAAGAAUGCGAGCCGUAAAGUCCGCAGGCCGGAUUGCACCCUCGUUACUGUCGACCACAACAUCCCUACCACAUCGCGAAAAAACUUCAAGAACGUUGACGAAUUCAUCGAGGAGAACGACUCCCGUCUGCAAUGCUCUACCCUCGAAGAGAAUGUCAAGGACUUCGGUCUGACAUAUUUUGGCAUGGGUGACAAGCGCCAGGGUAUCGUUCACGUUAUCGGCCCCGAGCAGGGCUUCACCCUCCCCGGAACGACCGUCGUCUGCGGUGACAGUCACACUUCCACCCACGGUGCUUUUGGCGCUCUCGCUUUCGGUAUUGGUACCAGUGAGGUCGAACACGUCCUCGCCACACAGACCCUUAUCACCCGGCGCAGCAAGAACAUGCGCAUCCAGGUUGACGGUGAACUUCCUGCUGGAGUUACGUCCAAGGACGUCGUUCUACAUAUUAUCGGUUUAAUCGGAACCGCAGGUGGGACAGGAUGUGUCAUUGAGUUCUGCGGCUCAGUUAUUCGUGGGCUGAGCAUCGAGGCUCGGAUGUCAAUGUGCAACAUGUCCAUCGAGGGUGGUGCGCGUGCUGGCAUGGUCGCACCUGACGAGAUCACCUUUGAGUACCUGAAGGGCCGUCCUCUGGCCCCCAAGUACGACAGCGCUGAAUGGAAAAAGGCCGUCAACUACUGGUCGAGCUUGGCUUCUGACGAUGAUGCUGUUUACGACAAGACUGUUUUGGUCGACGCCAAGGACAUUGUCCCCACAAUUUCCUGGGGUACAUCUCCUCAGGAUGUGAUUCCUAUCACUGGUGUUGUCCCUGGUCCCGACGAUUUCGAGGAUGAGUCCCGCAAGCUCGCUUGUACGCGGGCUCUCGAAUACAUGGGCCUGACUACCGGUACUCCCUUGAGGGAUGUCACCGUCGACAAGGUCUUCAUUGGUUCUUGCACAAACUCGCGUAUUGAGGACUUGCGUGCCGCCGCCAAGGUGGUACGAGGCAAGCAGGUUGCUGCUAACAUCAAGCGAGCCAUGGUUGUCCCUGGUUCUGGUCUUGUGAAGCAGCAAGCCGAAGCUGAAGGUCUCGACAAGAUCUUUGUCGAUGCCGGUUUCGAGUGGCGUGAGGCUGGAUGCUCCAUGUGCUUGGGUAUGAACCCCGACAUCCUCUCCCCCCAGGAACGUUGCGCCUCCACAUCCAACCGUAACUUCGAGGGUCGCCAGGGUUAUGGUGGCCGUACGCAUCUAAUGUCCCCGGCAAUGGCUGCCACCGCCGCCAUCGUCGGUAAGCUUGCCGAUGUCCGUGAACACGUCCCCGAGAGCCCACGCCUUGGCAAGGUUCAGCCAAAGCUCGACGUCAGACCUGAAGCCGAAGAAGUUGACACGGAGGAGGAGCUGGACCACAUCCUCGACCAACCCGCUGACGACCAACCCCACACCAACACCUCCGCACCCACCUCCUCGUCCACUGGCCUCCCAAAAUUCACAACCCUCAAAGGAAUUACGGCCCCCAUGGACCGCAGCAACGUUGACACCGAUGCUAUUAUCCCUAAGCAGUUCCUCAAAACCAUCAAGCGUACCGGUCUCGGCUCAGCCCUCUUUUAUGAGCUCCGUUACAAGAAUGGCGAAGAAAACCCCGACUUCAUCCUCAACCAGGGCAUCUACCGCAACUCCAAGAUUCUCGUCGUCACUGGCCCUAACUUCGGCUGCGGUUCCUCCCGUGAACACGCCCCCUGGGCCCUGCUCGACUUCGGUAUCAAGUGUAUCAUCGCUCCCUCCUUUGCUGAUAUCUUCUACAACAACACAUUCAAGAACGGCAUGCUCCCCGUCGUCGUCUCUGACUCUGACCAGCUUUCCAAGAUCGCCGACGAAGGCCGCGCCGGCCGCGAAGUCGAGAUCGACCUCGUCAACCAGGAAAUCAAGGACGCAUCCGGUAACAAGCUUGCCUCUUUUGAUGUGGACGGGUUCCGCAAACACUGUCUCGUCAACGGCCUCGACGACAUCGGCCUAACCCUCCAGAUGGCGGAUAAGAUCAAAAGUUUCGAGACCAAGCGGACGCUCGAGACUCCUUGGCUCGACGGCAAGGCCUACCUCAAGCGUGGCCGUCGUGGUGGGCCGACCAUGGUCGAGGCUGCUCCUGUGCCGAAGACGAAUCGGGGAGAUGUCAAGGGUGAGCCUUUGGAGUGGUGA